GGAAAGUGGUUCGGUAGCAGAGUCAAGGGCGUAGCCCUCAGAACUCAGAAGCCUACUGGUCUGUCACUGGGGAAACUCACGUACGGAGCACAACCCACUUCAGCUCGUAGCCGUCCGAUCACAUCCCAGAUGCUUCCCCGAUGAAGCAGCACUUCCAGGCGUCGCUUCCCCCUCCUUCCCUCCUUCUCUCCCUCUUUUCCAAAAUUUCCCCAAAAUUACUAUUCCGCCCUAAUUUAUAAUUUCUUAUAUUAUAAUUAUUACUCAAAAGCCAUGGAAUUGCCACUCAAGGUGGCUCAGGCCGUCCAUGUCCUCAACCACGAUGUCCAAUCCUGCAACCGCGUCGCUGCCAAUCAGUGGCUUGUUCAGUUCCAGCAGACCGACGCCGCCUGGGAGGUCGCCACCGCCAUUCUCACCUCCGAUCACCUCCGCAGCCACCACUCUUUCCCCUCCGAUUUCGAGGUCGAGUUCUUCGCCGCUCAGAUUCUCAAACGCAAGAUACAAAAUGAAGGUUAUCUACUUCAGUUAGGGGCUAAAGAUGCUCUGCUAAACGCACUUCUUCUUGCAGCCAAAAGAUUUAGUACCGGUCCUCCCCAGCUUUUAACACAAAUUUGUCUUGCACUCUCUGCUCUUGUACUUCGAGUUGUUGAGCAUGGAAAUCCAAUUGAGAAGCUUUUUUACAGUCUCCAGAAUCUGCAGAGCCAGGAUGAUGGCAAUAUUGCUGUCCUGGAGAUGCUUACUGUCCUACCUGAGGAAGUAGUUGACAACCAACGCACUGAUUCUAAAACAAGUUCAUCACAAAAAAGCCAUUAUUGCCAAGAGCUUCUCUCGCAUACGCCAAUGGUUCUUGAGUUCUUGCUGCGGCAAUCUGAAAAGAAUUUUGAUGGUUCUAUACAACAGCAAGAAAAGAACAGAAAAAUAUUGCGCUGCUUGUUGAGCUGGGUUAAAGCAGGUUGCUUCUCUGAGAUUCCUCAGGGCACAUUGCCAGGUCACCCACUUCUAAAUUUUAUAUUCAACUCAUUACAGGUUCCUUUAUCAUUUGAUCUGGCCAUUGAAGUUCUUAUUGAACUAGUGAGCCGACAUGAGGGGGUGCCCCAGGUUUUAUUAUGCAGAGUACAUUAUCUCAAGGAAGUACUUCUUUUACCAGCUCUUUCCAGGGGAGACGAGAAAAUAAUUGGUGGCCUUGCAUGCUUGCUGUCAGAAAUUGGGCAGGCUGCUCCAUGCCUUAUUGUUGAAGCUAGUCCAGAAGCCCUUGCACUGGCAGAUGCACUCUUGAGAUGUGUGGCAUUUCCAAGUGAAGAUUGGGAGAUUGCAGACUCAACAUUGCAGUUUUGGUCCACUCUUGCUAGCUAUAUUCUCGGCCUUGAUGAAGAUGGUGCAAAAAGUAGGAAACAUGUGGAAGGCAUUUUUUCAUCUGUGUUCUCAGCAUUACUUGAUUCACUUUUAUUACGUUCUCAGGUAGAUGAUUCCACGUAUAAUGAUGAGAGCAGAGUGAUUGAUUUACCUGAUGGUCUGGUCCAUUUCAGGAUGAAUCUAGUUGAACUUUUGGUGGAUAUCUGUCACCUACUAGGAUCUGCCAUUUUUAUGCAGAAGCUAUUUAUUGGCGGCUGGGGAUCUCCUAAUCUGCCAAUCCUGUGGAAGGAAGUUGAAAGCAAGCUGUUUGUUCUUAAUGCGGUUGCUGAGGUAAUCAUACAGGAUGGCCAAACCUUUGAUUCCUCUGUAGUAAUGCAGUUGGUGACAAUGUUGUCAACUAAGCCUUCUGAUGGGCUGAAUGGCUUCAUCUGCAUUGUAUACAGAUCUCUGGCAGACGCUGUUGGUUCCUAUUCUAAGUGGAUAUCUGCUUUUAAGUCAAAUUUUAGGCCCUUGUUAUUAUUUCUUGCUAUAGGGAUUUCAGAGCCUCUGUCUUCAAAUGCUUGUGCUUCUGCUUUGCGUAAAGUCUGUGAGGAUGCAUCUGCAGUAAUUUAUGAACCUUCAAAUUUGGAAAUUGUAAUGUGGAUAGGAGAGGGGUUAGAGAAAUGGCAUUUACCUUUGGAAGAUGAGGAAGAAGUUGUGAAUGCAAUUAGUCUAGUCCUUGGUUCUGUACCCAAUAGAGAACUAAAGGGCAACUUACUGGCUAGAUUGCUGACUUCCAGCUAUGAAGCAGUUGGAAAUCUGGUCGAUCCAGACUGCAGCCAUUCACUUAAGCAGAAUCCAGCCUCUUAUACACAAGCGUUGAAUGCUGCUGCUAGAGGGUUGCACAGAAUGGGAACUGUAUUCAGUCAUCUUGCUAUGUCUGGGGUGGCCGAACCUGCUAUGGAUGACUCCAUUCUUUCGUUGCUAAGUGUCUUUUGGCCCAUUCUGGAGAAACUUUUUUGUUCUGAUCAUAUGGAGAAUGGCAAUUUAUCCAUGGCAGCUUGCCGAGCUCUUUCACUAGCAGUUCAAUCUUCAGGUCAGCAUUUUGCGGGGCUACUAUCUAAAGUUCUGGACUGGCUUUCAACAAAUUUUGUCUUGUUUCAAAGUCACGAUUGCUAUAUUAGAACUGCUUCUAUUGUCAUUGAAGAAUUCGGUCACAAAGAGGAAUAUGGGCCUUUAUUUGUCACAAUUUUUGAAAGAUUUACUAAUGCAGCAUCUGUAAUGGCUCUAACUUCCUCGUACAUAUGUGACCAAGAGCCUGAUCUUGUGGAGGCCUACACCAAUUUUGCAUCCACCUUUAUUCGCUCCUGUAACAAGGAUGUGCUGGCAACUUCUGGUUCCCUUCUUGAAGUUUCUGUCCAGAAAGCAGCUAUAUGUUGCACAGCGAUGCAUCGUGGAGCAGCUCUUGCUGCAAUGUCGUAUUUGUCUUGUUUCUUAGAUGUGGGCUUGGUCUCUUUGCUGGAAUGUGCAAAUUGUAUCCUUGAAGGGUCAUUCAAUGCCAUGGCCAUUCAUGUCAUUUCUCACAGUGGCGAGGGGCUUGUUUCCAAUGUUGUGUAUGCUUUACUUGGUGUUUCUGCAAUGUCACGGGUUCACAAAUGUGCAACAAUUUUGCAACAAUUGGCAGCGAUUUGCAAUCUAUGUGAAGGUACCACCUGGAAGACUAGACUAUAGGAAACUUUGCAUGGAUGGCUACAUUCAGCGGUUCAGGCUUUUCCUGCUGAGUACCUAAACCAAGGAGAAGCAGAAACUCUAGUGCCACUUUGGUCCAAGGCCCUUGCUGAUGCAGCCUCCGACUAUAUAGAGAGCAAGAGGUCUGAUGGAGUAAUGAGGAAUUUCGGGCAUAUGCAGGGGAAGGGUGGCAGAGUUCUAAAGCGACUUGUUCGGGAAUUUGCUGAUGCUCACCGAAACAUGCAAAUUUAACUUGAUUGCUGCAUAAAUAUUUCUAAUUUACUGACCCAAUCCAUCAUGCAACCUCAAGAGUUGAUUAAGCACUUUGCCUUUUGCU